CACGGCAAUGACCAAAGAUGUGUAGGAUAUUGGCGAUUUUCCUGUGUUGCCUGCUGAAUCUCACACUCGCCGAUCAAUGCAAAAAGGUUGGCGACUGUUCGUGUGAAUUUUACGAUGGCAAGGGUAUUAAUCUGGCGCCGGUGAUUCCAAAAACCAACCAACCGCUGCAAACGAUCGCCCCGAAUGCUGAUGAAUACUACUUCAGUCCGUGCGAGACAAUCAAAUACGUUCCGAACGACCAACCGAACCGAACCGAUCCAGAAGGCUCUGGCUGUUCCAAUGGAUACACUCUGUGCAUGUUUGUAAACGCCACGAAAACGUACAAGAGAUUAGGAGAGCUACAGGAAACUCAAUUUUCUACCAAUGAAGAUGAGAAUGUUGUGUACAUGACGUACAAACACCCAAAAGAAAGCACCGUAACACACGUAAAGCUACUGUGUACAAACGAUAAGAAGUCGUACCUCUUUCUGGAACCAACAGCGGCAAACAAUGCUGGCAAUGAAACGCUUCUAUUGUUUUCCCCAUACGCAUGUCCCAUCACGAUAGAGGACUUCAGCAAGCCAAGCACUGGGACCGUGCUGUUGAUCAUGCUAUUCAUUUCGUUUCUCUCCUACUUCUUAAUCGGGGCAACGGUCAACGCAUUUUACCUUGGUGCCCGAGGGAUGGAAAUAAUUCCUAAUCUGGACUUCUGGAGAAGUCUGCCGGGUCUAGUACGGGAUGGCGCAUCGUUUCUGCAAAAUGGGUGUAGAGUCGAAAGACGGGCCCCUAAUCCGGAUUCCUACGAUGCCAUAUGAAAUCUCCUCGUUUCUUUGUGUAAACCUCAUUUCAUGAUUUUUGUGCCCGUGCUGUGUGCUCGCAAUGAACGUUUCAUCUGCGACCUAACCGUAUACUUACGCAGUGUGCGUGAUUGUUUUUUGUGUUUUCCUACAUGAAUAAACUACAAUAAACAUGUUUGUAAUUUUUUA